AUUCUCUUUAUUUUGAACACAAUGUCAUGAAAUGACAGUUUGUUUUUUUGUUUUGUUAUUUUCCACCGCAGUAUUUCUCCGCUCAGCAGGAAUAACUUUAAAAUGAAGUGGAAGUUUAACGACACAGCUCGCAGUUGGAGGAUGGUAUUUAUAGUAUUACAUUGUAUUUCAUUGAGUGUACAAGAAUAGAUGAGGAUUUUUUUCCACGUUUUUAUUGUCCAUCACCGUGUCGCUGUCCAUGGUGCUGGGUAAACUGAAACCCUUUGGAGUUAAGCGAGCAAGACUUGAGAUAUUGUCUCCCCUAUCCUAUUUUCUUCUAUUCAAAAUUCAAAGAGCAGAAAUCCAUUGAAUUAAACAUGAAGCCAGAGGAAUCACCAUAUACCACAGACUUCGCUGACGGGUCCAGCAUCUCAGAAGAAUCACCAGCAAAGGAAGAGCAGUGGGCUCUAAAGAGAUGCUUUCAGAAGACAGUAGCAAAAUAUAUCAAUGCUUAUUUUUAAACUUACAAAUGUUGGGAUUCCACUGUAGACACUCAGUCUACUUUUUUGGAGAAAUAUUUCUAGCUAUCUUUUUUGAAUAAUUGCAAAAUAUGGUUUUCAAUUGUGUGGUUUAAGGUCCCUUAAUAAGUUUUUAUUAAGCGUUGUUCACAUUUCUUAAAGCGAUUUCACUGGCGAUGACUGUUGCUACCAACAGUUUUCCAAAUGACCUGCUCCAACGAGGAACAACAUCCUUUUUUGCACCACACCUUGGACAAGCAAGUUGCAAAACAACCCGGAUCUCCACCACAACUGUAGUUUACCAGCUUUUUCCUAAAUCAUAGUAUUGCAUCUCUUCCAACUUGCCAAGUGACCUUCCUGCCUGGAUGACUUACAGAGGGACUACCAGUAACAUACCAUGUCCGAGCCUUUUCACCCUCCUGCAUGGAGGGAGAUGACAAAUGGAGGGGGGAACCCUCACUUCAACAAUGGAGGACAGAAUGGGGGUUCCCACAGACCCAUGCGCUACAUGCUGAAGAAGAAGCGCCACAGACACAGGUCAUCCUCACCAAUGGGCAGGGUCAUCCUCAUCAACGCUCCUGUUGAUGGAGGUGAUGACUGCGAAGACAUUCACACAGUGACAGUAGAUAAGAGCCCAGAUGGGCGUCUGGGUUUCAGUGUCCGUGGGGGCUCUGAACAUGGACUUGGCAUAUUUGUUAGCAAGGUGGAGGAUGACAGCUCUGCAGCGCAGGCUGGGUUGACAGUAGGCGACAAACUGGUGGAGGUGAACGGGGUCAGCCUGGAGAGCAUCACCAUGAGCAGUGCUGUGAAGGUCUUGACAGGAAACAACAGGCUGAGGAUGGUGCUGAGACGGGUGGGAAAGAUCCCCGGGAUCCGCUACUCCAAGGAAAAGACCACAUGGGUGGAUCUAAUUCACCGGCGGAUGGUUGUCGAGGAGACUGGUUGUACACCUUCAGAUGCCAGUUCAAAUAGUGCUCUCCGCAGGAUUGUACAUCUCUUCACCACAUCAGAUGACUACUGUCUAGGGUUCAACAUCCGAGGAGGCAAAGAGUUUGGACUGGGCAUUUAUGUUUCCAAACUGGACCCAGGUGGACUUGCAGAGCAACAUGGUAUCAAAAUGGGUGAUCAAAUUCUUGCAGCCAAUGGGGUGAGUUUUGAUGACAUCACCCACAGCAACGCAGUCGAGGUCCUGAAGAGCCAUACCCACGUCAUGUUGACAAUCAGGGAAGCUGGGAGAUACCCUGCCUACAAGGAGAUGGUGGCAGAAUAUGGCUGGCUUGACAAAUUAGCCAAUGGCGCUCCUGCACCAUCCUCUCAAGGUUCGGACUCCAACUCUUCUGUGUCCUCACUGUCCUCCAGCACUCCACUCAGCUCCCUCAGCGGUCUCUCACAGGUCCUUUUCCCUCCAAUCUUUGGUUCUGAGAUGGUAGAUGUUGCCAUCUCCACAGAUGACCGCUCCCGAACUCCGAGCAGCGCCGAACGAACCGCUGACACUGCCAUACAGACUGAGCCCCAAGCUACAAAUUACCCUGACCACCCGUCACCUAAUCCGUCGUGCUCUGGCAGUCCGGGCACCACAGAAACCAGAAGGACUGUUGGUGAAACGGUGCUGCUCAAGGACACGGUCAUACAUGGGAAAGGAGAAGGUCCAAGGGACGUGAGGGGGGCAAAAGAAGGAGGACAGGGCCGGGUGAGGACUCUGUCAGCUGGGGACCAGAAAGUUGAGAAACACUCACCUAAGACGGAGGCACUGAUGGCUCUGAGCAAACCACGGAAGCCAAUCAGACGCUCCCAGAGCCACAUCACUGUUUCAGAAGACAGAAAAAAGAAGAAGAGGAGGCAACAGAAGGAGACACAGAGUACAACAGAGGGUAAAACCAGCCUGCAGCGCUCCAAAACCUUUGUCAGCCUGCUGUUUAAGAAAGAUCGCAAAGAGAAAAGUCCCUCCAAAUCACCAAGUCACCAUGCUGACAAAGACAAAGAGCAAAGCCGUCCGUUCCAGCUCUUGACCUCUCCAAGGGAGUCCCGUGCUGGCAGCCCGCUGCCUAGACCUGAGACCCUGCAGCACGUGGAGAACAUGGCAAAGAAGCUGCUGAGCCCGGACGAGGUGGCAGCUGUGAUGAGACACUGCCGCCGGUUUUUGUCUGACACUGUGACUGAGGAUCUGGUGCGUCCCCUUUUGGCAAUCUUGGACAGACCAGAAAAAUUGCUACUUCUCAGAGAAAUAAGAAUGCUGAUGCCUACUAGUGAGUUGGGUCGUUUUGACAGCAUGGUGAUGCCUUUUGAACUUGAAGCAUAUGACACCCUCAAGAAUCGCUCUAUUUCCUCUCCAGCUCUGCGUUCCCCUCAAAGUAAAACUCCCCGACGUCACCUCAUCACCCCAGUCCCAGACUGCAGGGGUGGAUUUCACCUGCAGCCGGUCCACAACACGCCCCAGGAGCAUCAACUGAUCGAAGAGUUUGAAAGACUUCGCUUGUCUAGCCAACACUCAGGCCAUUUUCCACCAUCCCGUGCCUUCACCCCCCUGCUAGAUGUACCUGUGGACAACUAUAAAUCACCCGUCAUGCGGUCCCGCUCCCCAAGUCCUUCCCCCUCUCACAGUUUCCUUGUCACAGAAUCACCACACAGUACCCAACGUGGACGCCAACUUCACUACUCCCCAAUCAGGAGACAAAACGAAGCCCUGCGGUAUGAGCAGGGCUCCCUACUGUCCGUUUCUGAACAUGGGAAUGCCAUUCCUGAGCGAGGACGGUCGCCUGUGAGGAAUGGCGGUGCAAGAGCAAGAAGGGAGGACAGUCCGGACAGUGUAUAUGGCAGACAGAGCAGACAGGAGGGUUACACUGAGCUCAGUGUACGAGUUCCCUCACAGCGCAGGACGAGAUCCCCUCUGACUGAUGUAUUUGAUCCCCAAACAGAGAAGAGUCCCAGUGCAGGCAGGACGAGUAGUCAGGAAAGAUAUGGACACCCUCAAAAUGGUCAAGGGGUGAAAAGAAGAGAAACUUUACCUCCUGAAGAGUAUGAAAUCACCGCUUUGACUAUCUCCAAGGCCAAGCAGUCACUGGGUAUUAGUAUUUCUGGAGGUAUAGAGUCUAAGGUCCAGCCUGUGAUAAAGAUUGAGAAAAUCUUUCCUGGAGGUGCAGCAUCUACAAAUGAAACUCUGAGGGCAGGGCAUGAGCUGCUGUCCGUGGACGGUGAGAGCCUGCAGGGAGUGAGUCAUCAGCAUGCUGUUGACUUAAUUCGCCAAGCCUUUAGCAACAAGGCCAAAGACCCGAUGGUUUUUGUGGUCAAGAUCCCUAAGGCCCCUACCAUUCCCACCAGUCCCAAGAGACCCACUUAGUUAAUUUUGUGUGCCUCAAAAAUAGACAGCUGCUCAGCCAUGAAUGACCAGGAAACCUGCAGCUCCUCAAGGACUGAAUAAAGUACAGGCGUCACUGCAGAGGAGUAAAAAUGGCACAAAAAGAGAUGGGUGCAAUGAAUUUUACUACAAUAAAAUAUAAAAUAAAACCCUAUGCUAUUAUUGUAUGACUUUUAUAACAUUCUUAGUGUUUUUAGCAAACAUUUUACCAUUUGCACAUGUUCCACGUCAGCUCACCAGUCAGUGAUUGAUGUUUUCUAAAGGGUGUUCUUUGACAAGAUUAUGAACAAGUGAAAGUGUGCCACUGUUUUAACACAUGGCAGCCUUGUCAUGACCGAUGUGCACUGUCAGACAGUGGAGCCAGUGGUCUGCUUUUUACACUUCUUGGCCCAGCAGCCCUACAGGAGAUUACCCUAUCCUGUGUUAUGAGAUUUAUAGAUUUAUACCCAGAUUAAAGCCCUGUAUUAUGUCAAAACUGAUAGUUUGGUUUUAGAGGAUGUCUGAGGGGAUUAUUAUAAAUUGCUGCUCAGUAUUUUUGUGUUGCAUUUUUUUCUGGCUGAAGUACUUGUACUCUGAAGCAAUCCGCCACUUUGAGGCUUAAUUACACCAGGCUAUGGACAGAGAUUAAGCAGACAUGUGGAGGAGCUGGAAAAACAUGUCAAUGAGAAAUGCAGGACAUGGACGCUGAUGGCACAGUUCAAAUCUGUGUACGCCAGAAGAGAUAAGGGCUGGAGAAUGCAGUGUACACGUUGCCUUACCGCUGCAGGAAAACAGAGGAUGGAAAACACAGAUAAAGUGUUGCUCAUACGUAGUUUCAAGGUGAAAUGUUUGAA